CCAACCCAGGCUGAGCUGCAUGCGAUGAUGGCGGUAGACUCCAAACUAGAUUAAGCCUGUGAGACAGGAGAUCCCAAAUUGAGCUGAGCCUGUGAGGCAGGAGGACCGCUAUUCAGGCUGAACCCCAAAGAUCCCAAAAAGGGCUGAACUCCAGAAAGGGAAGAGACACCUGUGGGGCCCUCAUUUCAUUGUCCCCUUACAGAGUUUACUGGGGUGGCAAAACAAGUUGUCUGGCACAUGAGUGACAAUGCUGGAGAAGGGAGAGCAUCAGAAAAGAGGAAAGAGCAGGAAAGCAGGGGAGAGUUCCAAGGUGGAACAUGAAUUCAAAGAGCUAUCCAUCUAUUUUCCUAAAGAGCAAUGGGCAGAGAUGGGAGACUGGGAGAAAACCCACUACAGGAACAUGAAGCAGAACUAUGAGUUUAUGGUUGAACUCGGCCUUCCUACCCCAAAACCUGCAUUUAUGUGUUGUGGUCGACGUCCCCCAAACCCCAUCAAAUACGACUCUGAGUCUGAUGAAGACUGGACACCAAAAUCUUUAGUUAAAACCUUCAGGCCUCCACGUAAAUCUGGCAGUAUGAAACAGGAAAAAAAGAAAAGGCAGAACGUCAGUCAAAAUGAAGAGACAAUGCUGGAGAAGGCCUCUGAAAAGGAAGCUUCUGAAAAUCAAACAGAUGCUGAGAAAUUGGACAAAAAUUCAGAUGUAGGCACCAGAAUCCCUCUCACUAAUGUUGUUGUUGAUCUGAAAACUGAUCUACCCAGGUUAGCAGUUUCUAAAUCCCAAGGGCAGAGCACCCAAGUUAACACAUACAGCUUACGAAAGAGAGAGGAAAAAGUGUACGUUGAAAUAAAUGAACCACAAGAUGAUGAUUACUUAUUUUGUGAGGAUUGCCUGACGUUUUUCAUUGACGAGUGUUCAGUUCAUGGCCCUCCAGUUUUCAUCAGAGACCCAAUAGUAGAAACAGGACAGGAAAGGAGGGCAGCUCUCACUUUGCCCCCAGGGAUGAGAAUUGGGCUUUCAAGUAUCCCACAGGCGGGGCUUGGAGUCUGGAAUGAGGCAAACACCCUGCCGGUUGGGGUUCAUUUUGGCCCAUACGACGGAAGGGUAACGGAGGAGGAGGUGGCAGCCCACAAUGGCUAUUCUUGGCUGAUCACCAAGGGAAGAAACUGGUAUGUAUACAUUGAUGGAAAGGAUGAAACGAAUGCCAACUGGAUGAGGUAUGUUAAUUGUGCUAGGGAUGAGGAAGAGCAGAACCUUGUUGCUUUCCAGUAUCGUGGGAAAAUCUACUAUAGAGUGUGCAGGGCCAUCCUGCCCCACUGUGAGCUUCUGGUCUGGUAUGGGGAUGAAUAUGGCAAGGAGCUGGGCAUCAAGUGGGGCACGAGAUGGAAAAGCACAGCGCCACCCAAAGUGCAUGGGCAGGAUCCACACUGCCAUCCAUGGCCUCGCUGCAGGCUGGCUUUCAGCAGCAAAGAUUACCUCAGCCAACACUCGAAGUGUAAGCACCUGCCUACCGAAUGAAGAAGACAAAGGUGCUCUGGGAGGGGAAUCUUGCCCUAAAACCAGAAGUCUUUCCUUCCCGGGGAAUCCACCGUCACAGCAGCUCGCACCAAACCAGAGCUCCCUCAGCAAAGGCACAUGGGGAAAGGAACCACAUUUGCGAGGGCGGAGGGAAGGUGGUGGAGGUAGAGAGGCUUUUGGUUUAGUGUCAAACCUUCCUCCACAGCAGUGGAGGGACACAAUAGUGGAGCCACAUGCACAGAGCAAAACAGGGGAGGAGGGAGGUGGCGGUCACAGACAGAAGUGGUAUUCCUGUGGCGAGUGUGGGCAGAACUUCCACAGGCCAUCACACCAGGUUAAACAUCAGCAGAGCCACACAGGAGAGAAGUCCUAUCCUUGUGAGUGUGGGAGGAGGUUCAGCCAUUCAUCCAGCCUCGCCACCCACCAGCGCAUCCACACGGGAGAGAGGCCCUUUCAGUGCCUGGAGUGAGGGAGGAGGUUCAGGCAACCAUCAAAAUUGACCUGCCACCAACUGACUCAUGCCUCGUGGGGAAACACCCUGCAGACCAAAUAACUGUCAGAGCUGGCAGCUGACUGACAGGAGGGCUCUGUAUCAAUCAUGUACGAUUCUGGGUAAAGCAGGGAGCUGUACUGAUGAACUCCUUAACCUUGGAUGCUUUUGGUUCCUUUGCUUCAUACUGACUGUAGUAGUCAGUGUAACCCCCUUCACCUUUCCACUCCUGGGCUGAGUGGAGAGAAGCAUUCUUCUACUUGCUGAGGGUUUUGUUCGCUAAAGCUGGGUUACUGCCCCAGCCCCUUUGCUGUCCUGAGUGGCCUGUUGGGUCUGCCUCUCCAGAAGAGACUUGGCCUGUGACCAACAGGAGCAGCACAGGAGAAAGGUGGGCCAGGAGCAGCAGGAAUUAAAGCAGUUACUGUAGCUGCUAGGCUUGAGUAUACAGUAAUCUCCUUAUGCUCCUGUCCACACUCUGCUGCAGCCUUGCUACUGUAUGAGGUAGGGCUAGGCCAGGCUGGGAGCAAGGCGGGCCUGCUACAAGACCUCUACUUGGUCCUUCACAGGAGCCACCUCCCAUUUGUCUCACACCAUGGCUAGUGCAGUGGGAGCCAAGCACCUGGCAUGGGUUAGUUAGACUUUAGUGAUGGGAGGUCCUUAUUGCUCAAGAGGGCAAGGCAAGGAUGGGGUGACUAACUCCGAACGGGUACCAGCAGGGCAGUGCCUCGAGCUCGGUCAGACUCUCACCAAUGCACUCAUAAAGCUGGAAAUGCCUUGCCUGCCUAUUAACACUGUUGUUCAUGUUUUGUUCCUAUUAGUUCAUUCUCUCCCUCUUAGGAAGAUAUUUUCCCUCCACAUUUCUUCUGUAUAGAAUCUCUUUAACCCUGUGUUAAUAAAAGGAGCUUCUCUCAGCCUGAUCUUAUCCUGCACAGUGAUCCCUAGCAGCGGGCAGUGCCUGAACCCAAGACAGCACAACCCUCUAUGCCUGACCUAGUCUAAAGGACUGGUCCAGACUCAUAAACUUCUAUUAACUGCCCUGAAACAUUGUUAAUGCAGAGUGCAGCUUGCCCAGCCCUCUCUCGUUCCCUUCCAGGAUACAGAGGCUAAACUUAAACCUCUGCAACCCAGGAACCACAGGAUUAAGGCAGCUGCCCCUCCUAUCACAUCACCUUAACUGUAUUACCCAUUACUCAAA